CCCGGUCCUCUGUUUGUGCAACGUGCAGUGUGACCAGCCAGGCUCGUAUUGGCCCCUGGGGAUAAAGGGUGUUCCCAGAAUAGCAGAAGGUGGACGGUAUCUUACUUCAGUGCCACCUGGGAUAUUUCCUGCACCUGCAAAACUGCUCGGUGUCGGAUAAUCGAGAAUCCUUUUUAGAAGUUAGUCGAGUAGUCAGGGGAAGGCGGUCAAGUUUUAAAUAUGUGACUUUACACAAAUAAUAUUGUGCUUCCUUAUGGAGCUGUACUUUGAAUAUCCUUCAGGUGACUAUUGAACACAGGCUGGAUGAAUGUGCAGCAACCACGAGUUGACUAGAACAGAGAAGGGCAAAAAAUGAAGUGCUUCGUUAGCAUGCUUGGAGGGAACACAGUAAGGAAAAUUGCCAGCAGAGGUGUCUAGAUGGAGAGGAUGGAAAUGCAUGUUUGAGGGGAAGGAGAAUCUGUUCUUCCAAGCACAGAUGGGCAGUACCCUCAGGGGUUCAGGUACAUGUGAAGAUUUCUUGGCAGAUCAAACCAUUGAUCACCUUGUCCUCAUUUCUACUUGUUCUGUGUUGACAAGGGAACGUGCCCAAAUGAGCAAGGUAUCACAGCAGAACACUACCCCGGGCGUGAAUGGAAUAAGUGUCAUCCACACUCAGGCUCAUGCCAGCGGCUUACAGCAGGUUCCUCAACUGGUGCCUGCCGGCCCUGGGGGCGGAGGCAAAGCUGUGCCUCCAAGCAAGCAGAGCAAAAAGAGUUUGCCCAUGGAUCGCAACAGUGACGAGUAUCGUCAGCGCAGAGAGAGGAACAACAUGGCGGUGAAAAAGAGCCGGUUGAAAAGCAAGCAGAAAGCGCAGGAUACGCUGCAGAGAGUGAAUCAGCUCAAGGAAGAGAAUGAACGGUUGGAAGCAAAAAUUAAAUUGCUGACUAAGGAAUUAAGUGUACUGAAAGAUUUAUUUCUUGAGCAUGCACACAACCUCGCAGAUAACGUGCAACCCAGUCGCACUGAAAAUACGACAGAUUCUGAUAAUGCAGGACAGUAGACCUCACCUCUUUCAAACGCCACAACUUGUGGCUUGAACGUUAAAGGUGUGACUACCUACACUACUUGUAUCAGCGGCUGAAUCUCCAUUAUUCAAAGAUCCAUUGAAGGUUGUUUUCUAGGAUCAGCACUGAAGAGUUGAUUAGCUAAAAAUGUUAGCCAUAUAAUUUGAAUAUCUGGUUUUAAAUGAUAAGGAUUUUUGUGGGGAUAAAAACAGUUUUAAAGGUAUAUGGUAAAAAAAAAAAAAAAAUGCCCUGGAGCUUGAUGUUCUUAAUAAAUCCUGACUUCC